GAGGACAAGGCCACCCUUCCUGGUCCCAUGACCGGAUACGUGGAGAGUCUUUGUUUACACUCCGGAGCCGGCCCAAGAAAGAGAGACCGAGAGCGAGGCAGAGAGAAAGAGGAGCCCCAUGGUGACGUCGCCUGGGCCCCCAAGGUGCCUCCUGACCCACUGUGUGCCUCGAAGGGGACCUUGGAGCAUUAGCAAGCCACAAAGCUGGUCUUGUGAAAGAGAUCUGAAAAGUGCUGAGUUUGGAACUCCAGGAUGGAGACACAGAAGCUGCUAUCCUCAAUGAAUAGUUAUGGGUCCCAGGAUGGCGAUACAAGGCCCGUCUUAGGGCCUCCUUCUUUUCAUCCCGAGGAGGAGGAACUCCGCAGGCGCCUCAAGUACUUCUUUAUGAGCCCCUGUGACAAGUUUCGUGCCAAGGGCCGGAAACCGUUUAAAUUAGUUCUGCAACUGAUCAAGAUCAUUAUUGUCACAGUCCAGCUCAUUCUCUUUGGGCUCAGUAACCAAAUGGUGGUGACCUUCAAGGAGGAGAACACUAUUACAUUCAAGCACCUCUUCCUGAAGGACUAUGCAGACGGGGCAGAGGAUGCCUAUGCCGUGUAUACACAAGCAGAUGUCUAUGACCACAUGUUCUAUGCUGUGGAUAAGUAUUUGUCCGUUCAGAAUGAGACAAUUGGUCGCUAUGCCUAUGUGCGAACACACGGUGUUAAUCAGUCAGCCCUCAUGCUCUGCCAGCAAUAUUACCGCAAAGGGAGCAUUGAUCCUGCCAACGACACCUUCAACAUCGAUCCAAAAGUUAUCACAGAGUGCCUGGGUGUGGAUCCACCAGGGAAAAUACCUUCUUCGCUGGACCUUGAGGAGUCACCUCCAAACACCGAGGAGCCAGACCGCAGCUACAGAAAUUUUACUCUCAAGUUCUACAAACUCAUUAAUGUCACCAUCCAGUUCAAGCUGAAAGCCAUCAACAUACAAACAAUAAUCAACAACGAGAUCCCAGACUGCUACACCUUUUCCAUCACAAUCACAUUAGACAACAAAGCACACAGUGGUCGAGUAAAGAUCCACUUGGACAACAAAGUGGACAUCCAGGAGUGCAAAGACCCAAGUGUCUAUGGCAAAGGAGGCAACGGUUUCCGGAUGUUCUUUGACGUGAUUGUGCUCCUGAUCUGUGUGCUGUCCUUCAUCUUGUGUUCCCGCUCAAUCUUCAGGGGGCUUCUGCUGCAGCAUGAGUUCACUCAGUUCUUCCAGCACCGCUACAACCAAGACAUCUGCCUGUCUGACCGCAUGGAGUUUGUGAAUGGCUGGUACAUCCUGCUUGUUGUGAGCGACAUCAUGACUAUAUCUGGGACCAUAAUGAAGAUUGGGAUUGAGUCCAAGAACUUUGCCAACUAUGAUGUGUGUGGCAUCCUUUUGGGCACCUCUACACUCUUGGUCUGGGUUGGUGUCAUGCGCUACCUCAGCUUCUUCCAGAAGUACAAUAUCCUCAUUGUUACCAUGCGGGUUGCCUUCCCCAAUGUCAUCCGUUUCUGUUGCUGCGUGGCAGUUAUCUACCUAGGCUACUGCUUCUGCGGCUGGAUUGUCCUGGGACCCUACCAUGUCAAGUUCCGUACUCUUUCGAUGGUGUCAGAGUGCCUUUUCUCUCUCAUCAAUGGAGACGACAUGUUUGUGACCUUUGCAUCCAUGCAACAGAGCAGCUACUUGGUCUGGCUUUUUAGCCAGGUCUAUCUAUAUACCUUCAUCAGCCUUUUCAUCUACAUGGUGCUCAGCCUUUUCAUUGCACUCAUCACUGGCUCUUAUGAGACCAUCAAGCAUCAGUCUGAGGGAGAAGCAACUGUUACACAGCUCCAUGCCUAUAUAGCUGAGUGCAAGGACAGCCCCAAAUCUGGCAAGUUCCGCAGGGAGAGUGCUUCCUCAUGCUCCAUCUUCUGCUGUUGUGAGCGAACCCCAUUGCAGGAGAAUGUCCUGGUGGUGAACUGAAAAGGGGCUGCCUUGCCUCAUUCCUUGUGAGAUACCAACUGGCCUGAUUAUGGACUCCUAUGACUGAUGAGAAUGAGGCCUGCUGUCCUCUUUUGUUGCAACAGCCAAGCCUCCUGUGAGCCAAUGCCACUUCCAUGCAGAGUUGCUGAGAUACUAGGACUGACUUUGGCAUUUCAACAGAACGCAUCUGGGACUGGGCAGGGAGUGGAGUUUCAAGUAUGACUGACCUGUGUUGGGCCUAUGUUUGACCCUGCUGAAGUCACUUCCAUAGCUUUCUUGGGCCGUGCGGGACUAAGAUUUGCCAAACAGCGACAAUGGGGAAUACAGUUUUUAAAGGUUUAUUUUGGAAGAAAAAUGUCAAGUAGCAAGGAUGUGGCGACAUCUUAAUGUUGUUUUCAAGGGUCUUCAAGUAUUCUGCCUGUAGGUUGCCACUUCAGAUAAUGUAUUUUCCACAGAAAGAUUGACACUGGGGUGCCUCUGCAAAGCAAGGCCCCUAGAACAGUUUCAUAUAUGACUAGAACCUAAGAGGUUCAGGAUGCAAUGGAAUAAAAUUUAACAAAGCCCCUAAUGCAUAGGUGCAGGAGGGGAAAGGUUUUUAAAAGACUGGAGGCAAAGGCUUUCCCUGCCUCAAGAGCACAACUAAAUUGAAUUCUACUAUUCAUGAGGAGGCCUUGUUUAGAUUACUUAGCUUAGGUGGAAUCCUGUUCUAGAUCAGACAGUGUUUCCAGCAUAGAAAAAGUGCCAUUUUUUCCCACUCUGCAGGUGUCCUGGUAGCUGCCAUGGUCCUUGUGACAUCUGCACCUUGUAAUCAUGUAUUGGCAAUUGGGUUCUUUCCCUGGCAUUGCCUCCAAAAUAUUGCAGAUGAAGACCGAGGCAUCCUUAUUGUUAAUCACAAAAGACAUGUUGCCUUAAAUGGCAAGCACGUCCCAUUUAAGCUGUGUGUGGUUUGACCACCAGUGCUUUUUAACAUAGCAUUUUGCAAGAAGGCAUACAGGACUGCUAAGAACACAAGGUUUUGGAGCUGAAAGCCAGGCACUGAAAUACCUUUUGUGUGCACACAAUUGCACUCGGGUAAGAGUUGCCAACACUAAAUGCCAAUGUUUUGGAUGAGAAGCUUCCCCUGCUCCCUGUGGCUGCUGAAAUGUGGAAGAUCGCCAGCUAUGAUCCAGAGGGGUUUCACAGCCUUCACCAGAUCUUCCAGAAUUCAUUGGCUCCUGAGCUGGGCUGACCACUGCCUUCCCUUUAAGUUGGUAAACUGGCUGGGAUUUCUGGGAGUUGUAGGCCAAAACACCUGGGGACCCACAGGUUGAGAACCACUGCUUUAAACAAAUCCAAACACCGGUCUUGUCGUAAAACAGUUGGCUUUAAGUUGCACAUUCCAAAGCGGUGCCAUUUCCACAAAUGUUUCCGUAUGCAAUUUCCAAAACUGAGCUCCAUUGCAGAGGAUGGAGAAGCACCAGGCGACUUUUUUUACGUGCAGAGGUAUCUACAGCUCUGUUUAACUUGUUGAUGCUGGAGCGAUUCCUUUCUGCUCGCUAUUCAUGAAUUGUGAGAAAAAUAUUUGUUGACCACUCUAGCGUUAUGGCCAAUUUUUAAAGCAUUUAUUUUGUAGAUGUGUAACAAACAUGGAGACCGUACUAAUUUAGGAUGUCAUUGUUGGUGUAAUUUAUGAAACAAAGUGCAAUUCUAAAAUCCAUUAUUUAUAGCUAACAGUGUUAUUCAAAUAUAAAAGUAUGAGAGAAACACAGAAGAGUUAAGCAGUUCCUUUUCACUUAUAUCUUGGAACCCUCAAGAUUGCCUCAUUAAUAAAUAAAUGUUUUAUUUCAAACAUA